GUCACGGGUGGCUCCCUUAGAGAUGUGCGUGCGUGUGUGUCUAUAUAUGUGCCCCCACACACCUGACAGGACUGACCACCAGCCAGGCAGCAGGCAACCCGAGGGUCUACUUGUUGCAGCUGGGCAGAGAUGAGGGUGCCGCCGGGGACAGCCCGCUGGGGGCCAUGGGGCAGUGGCGGCUGCUGCUGCUGCCUGCUGCUGCUGGGCCUCUCUGGGCCCCUCUGGGCUCUACCCCUGGGCAGCUCUGGGGAAAUCGCCUCUUGGCUUGCAGCCGCCGACGCCGCCGAUGCCAGGUUGAAUCUGGAGGCACUGAACAGCAGGAGCGGAGGGCCCCAGUGGCAGGCAGUCCCGGGGCUGCUGGGUGCCCAGGCGAAUGGCAGCCCAAGCAAAGCAGGUCAUGGGCCCAACAGCUUCACCCCUAGGGAAAGCGUGAAAGAGGUGCUCUUGGGAAGCCUUCCCCGCAACACUUGGCUGAGCCGCUUGCUGGGAAAGGAGAGGAAGCAGGACAAGAAACGAGGAGGCGGAGGCAACCUCCCCGAGUGCUUUUGGAAGUACUGCGUGUAACUGGCCCAGCUUUCUCCCCCCCACCACCCCCCAGCCCGGCCCCUUAAUUUAUGAUGUGAUCCAGGAGGGUCCCAGAGCCCUGCAGACAGAGGUGUGCACACUCCGACAUGAUGAUGGUGACGACAGCAGCGAAGCAACAUGGAACUGGCAAGAAAACCCACGUCCCCCUCCCUGGUGGUUAGAGAAUAAACCAA